AUGAAAUACCUCGUUGUCCUCGCCCUGAUCGCCGUAUCCUCGGCCGCCUACAUCAAGCCUGCUCCCGUCAGCGCACAGCAUGCAGAGCUCCAGGCUAUCAUCGACGCCAUCAAUAGUCCCAGCACCGACCCCGCUACCGCUGCCGCCCUCACUGAAAUGCUCUACAGCUAUCUCGGAGUCAGUCCCCAGCCCAUCCACAUUGGACCGGAAAUCAUCGACUUCCCUCUCCCAGACGGUGGUGCUGUGAGCGCACCCGUGAAGCCCACUCCCUCUCCUGCCGUUGUCGGACCCGCCGCUCCCAGCCAGAGCUCUCCUCUUGUGCAGCUCGUUGUGAACAUCAACCAAGCCGCCGUCGGACCUGCUCCCGGACCAGUUGUUGAGCCCGUUGAGAUCGUCCCAGAGCCCGUCAUUAUCGUCGAAGAAGCUGAGGUUCCCGAAAUAAAACCCGACCCCGUGAUCAUUGUUGAACCCACACCCGUGGUCCCCGAGCCCGUCAUCGUUGCACCCAUCAACCCCGUCCCCGUCGCGCCCGUUGUCAUUGGCACACCCAUCAUUCCCGCCCCUGCUGUCACCCUCCCCGAGGAACUCAACUGA